UGCAGUCUCUUCUUAACAAUAAUCCAAUUGAUGCGGAUUGUGUGGUCUCUGGUUUGCCUGUUGGGAGUGUACAUACUCAUCCGGGACGACACGUUCAAAUAGGCUAAUAUGGGACGACACGUUCAAAUAGGCUAAUAUGGGACGACACGUUCAAAUAGGCUAAUAUGGGACGACACGUUCAAAUAGGCUAAUAUGGGACGACACGUUCAAAUAGGCUAAUAUGGGACGACGCUUUCCGCGCAUGCAGUAAACCGGGUGUUUUUUUCACAGCGCGACUUGAGCGGUGUGUCUGAUCUUUAGUGAACAGUAUCUACCCUUCAUGUAUAGCACAGCUGACAAGGAUUGUAAAUACUGUAUAACAUUUGUACUGUGCUUAUCUAGGACAGUAUGUUUAGCUAACAGCGCUCUUGACUGCAAAACUAGCAGCAGUGUUUUUGCUUGCCUGGUUUUCUAGUGGAUCUUUCUUGUUUCAUUCACAUUAUGCGAUGGGAUUUAAAGCAGAUUGGUUUUAAACGUAAGCUUAUCAUAUAAGGAUUAAUACUUGAGACUGCUUUCGGUGCUGUUUUGUAGCAUAAAUAACAAAACAACAACAACAACUUGACACGCAGGCAUAUAAUGCGCAGAUCACUGCGUUGUUGCCAUGGCGUUCGUUGGAUUCACGAAUUCUGUCAGCGAUGGGUUACACGAUGGUAAUUUCCGCCUCUCGUCGAUCCUACUUCUGAGUUGUUUAACUUGGACAGGCUACGGAAGCGUGAGGGGGGACUUUGAACGGCUGUCCGAGUGUUCAGUGCGCACUUCUGAAGGAGUUUUCGACCUUUCCCCAAUCAAGGGCAUAUUGGCUUCCGAGCUGUUCGAUGGUCGGGACACGUGGUUCUACGCCUACAGCCCCUGUGUCCCAUUGACCCUUCCUGAGAACCCAGAUGGGGCCUUUGGUGACAUGUGCAUGGGCGUGGCGAUGUGCAAAUAUCUUCCCAAGUCCGGACCGAACAAACGGAGUUUCUAUUACAACUUGGGAUACGGAACACACGCAGAAUUCAAGAAAGAGACCACAAAGGCUAACCUGACCGAGAUCACGAUAACUUACAAGGGGUCAGGGUCGCACGCGAUAAAGGAGUCUCUGGUGAAGUUAAUAUGCGACCGAGAACGAAGAGCUGCAAACGACACGUUGUUUAAAGUCAUCAAAGAUGAAAAGAAAGAUUUGAUUGCAGAGCUGCGUCACAUUGCUUGCUGUCCAGACGGGUAUAAAAACAUGAAGUCAGAAACACUGGGUGAUGAGAUGAUGACUGUAGAGGAAAAGGAAGACCACAUAGAGGUGGACCGUGUUAAAGUCAUGAUCAUAGUGGGCGUUAACCUGGCUGUGAUCCUCAUGGCGAGCUGUGUAGGCAUGAUGUGUACCGGCAAACGGGCACAUCGAGAAUUCUACCAUAAACUGCCUGGGGUUCGCAACGUCCAGGAACCCAACCUUUACCAACUGACCAGCAGCCAGGACAUAGAACAUGGGUCUCUGGACCCACCUGGCCAUAUGAGCGCUUCAGUUACCAACCUUAAGGGGUCGGCGGCUGUGAAGGGGCCGGCGGGUCCACACAAGCAGGAUUACCGAGACGGGGCUCCGGCUAGGCGGAAGUCGUUCAUUUUCCCCGUGCUUGAACACUCUUGUAUUCCCGAAGAAUGUAUCUCUUUAGGUCAAAGGCUGGGCGGAGGUUUGUUCGGGGAUACGUACCUCGGGGAGUGGACGGGUAUCACAGUGGCCGUCAAACGCGUCACCCUGAGUGUUCACACUUACCAGUCCGACAGGGAGAAGAUUGAGGGCAUGCAGAACGACAUUGCCUUCCUCUGCAAGCAGCGGCAUCGUAACAUCGUGUCUCUGUUAGGCAUGUGCAAUGAUUCCAAGCACCCGUACGUCAUCUCCGAGUUCAUACAAGGGGCCGUCGUCAAGGAUUUCAUAAAAAACAACAGAGAAACGAUGACAUGGUCUCACCGCAUUAAAAUUCUUUCCCAGAUAGCUGACGGUAUGGCCUUCAUACAUUCGACUUCUCCACCUAUUCUGCACCGUGAUCUCCGGUGUGGCAACCUGUUCAUUACCAGCAAUGACGUCAUCAAGAUCUGCGAUUUCGGGAUCGUGAAACUCAUCCAACCACUGCGCGUCAUUUGUCAGGCAGAAGACUGUUGUUGUCAAGGUUUAUACAGUGCCUGCCCCGCAUCCAUUGGCUGGACGGCCCCGGAAGUGCUCGAGCACCCGAACUCCACAGAGGAAGAUGGCUAUAUCAGCACGGCAAGUGACGUCUACUCGUACGCCAUCUUGGCGUGGGAGCUUGUCGUCUGCGAGGAUCCGUACGAGGAGAUGCACGUAGUGCAAGAGGUUAUAGACCACGUGGUAGGCGGAGGAAGGCCGGAAGUACCACGUGACAACAGAAUGUUCAAACCCUACCUUCUCCACGUACAGCAGUGUUGGCACGCCUCCCCAACGGAGCGACCUAACUUCAAACAGAUCACAGUCCAGUUGAAAGAGUUACAAUACCAGUCCAAGGUAUUUCAGAAGGCACUUAGUAGUCACCAAGGUCAAGGUCGAGGUCGGUCUCGGUCAGGACAAAACUCAAAGACUAUAACGUUUGAUGACACGGUUGAAAACAUCUGAUUAGAGAGCUCAUUAAGCCCUUGUCCAUAGCUGAAAAUAAAUAACCGUUUCACAUCGAGGGCGAUCUUGGAUGGAACAAAACCCACAAACUAUAGCGUUCGCUCACACGGCUGAAAACAUCAGAUUAGAGAGCCCAUUUAGCCGAUGUCCAUAGCUGAAAAUGAAAAAAAAACCCGUUUCACAUCAAUAGCGGUAUUGUUCGGAGCAAAACUCAAAGACUGUAACGUUCGCUGACACGGUUGGAAAAAAUUGAUUCGUUAGCUCAUUUGGCCCCGGUCCACAGCUGAAAAUAAAGUGUCGUUAUAUGGGCAAGGCAAAAGGAUGUCGUCGAAGCCUGGACAAUGGCUAAAUAAACAUAAACAUUUUACGUUGAAAAUAGCGGAAAAAAUAGACGUUUUACGGGGAUGGCAAUAUGGUGUUUUAAAUCGUGAUACGAAAGUGUUGCCCGCAUUAAUCUACAUGUCGCGUUUGUCCUUGGUCCUUAUAAGUCAUUAUAUGUGGUUCCAGUGUAUGUGUGGAAACAUAUUGAGCGGGCAAAUUUACUUGUACUUGUGUGGAUGAUCCAUGUAUCUGACGUUACUGUGGAUACAACGGGCAAAUAAGUAAAAAAUAAGGAUACGAUAUGCUGCUGCAAUACCGCUCAUCAAAAGAGGACAUCAUUGUACUGUGGAAAAUUUUGUAUUGUAUCUAUGUGCUUUCUCGGAUUAUGUGAAAUAUGACUUGCAUGUACUAUUACGCCGUAUUAGCAUUAAACACCCGAUCGUCUUUGACAGCGACAUUCGCAAAUAACUUCAAAUGUGUAUGUGCAACAAGGGCAUAAGUUCUGCGGAUACAACAAUGCAUAGAUUAGUAACAUUAUUAGCAGGAAAGAAGUUAAAUGUACAACAUUUGGGACGUUGAUCUGCGAGAGUUUGGUUCUUUGAUUUUGCUUUUGCAUAAGUGUCUUUAUCAAGGAAAAUGUUGCGCAUGCAUUCGAUGUCGUAGAUUUAUUGGGUCGCACGUGUAUGAGGCGUACGCGUUAGCAAAAUGCUGUCACUUGCCUGUUUGCUCUGUACAUUUCGCUUUGUGUGGAUUUGAAAUAUUGUAUUUCAACAUAGAAUGUUGAUCUGAAUAUGUAAUAAAUCGUAUUGUUUUGGUUAGGUUCGUCUGUUAUAUCAAUAUAUCAUGAAAUAUACCAGUUUCUUCUAUUGUCGUUUGCAACACUUUAACCAUUUUCAUAGGAGUUGCGUCAUAUUCAUGGAAACAACAUGGUGGAAAACGUGCCUUCAUGUUAUUAUGUAUAUGAAUAACAAAUAUAGUAAGUGACAAUUACGUUGGAAAACCACAUUGAUAUUAAAAAAUUAAUUGACCAUCAAUUGUAUUUGUGUCCAGAUCGCAACAGUUGUUGGCGUUGGAUUUUACAGUUGUUGCAAUAUCCCAAAUGUGUGUUUAAACCUGAGUUGGAAUUUUAUUGAUCUUAUUAAAUAGUUAUGAAUUUGUUUGUCAAUUUAUGUUUAAAUGAGGUUCGUUAUUGAAUAUAAUCCAAACUAUAUAUAUUUGAUUUACAUGUUGGUUUUCUAAAAUACACCAUAUUUUAUUUCAACGUUUUUAUGGAUAAAAAAUGUUGUUUAGACUUGCAUUUAUAUACUAAUUGAUCGCGAUGACGUGCGAGUUUCUGUUUGAUGGAUGAAAUUCUAAAAGAUGUUGGUUGUGUGUAUACAACUUUUAUGGAAUUUUGUUUCUUAAGCGAUAUCCGUGAAAACAAAGUUUCACAAGGGCUUUCAAUUUUUCAACAAUUACAAAGAUUCAAUGCUGAUUUAACAGGUCAAGAUGAAAAUUUAUUGAAAUACGCUCAUUAUGUACGUAACUGAUUACAAGAGCUGCAAAGGUACUUUAAACGUAAGAAAAUAAAUACUUUUAUUUCAGUGUUUUUUUAAACUAAGUAAGAAUAAAGUAUAUUAUUUUCGGCAUGCUUUUAAAUUUUGAAUAUGAAAUUAUACUGGCUAUAAUUGUUUUCUGCAUGAUUUACAUUAUGUUUGUGCUUGUUGGAAACAAGGAAAAAUCCAUGCACAGGCAAAACCCAUUUCUUCAUUAGAAAUUAUAGUUCUAUCUAUGAUUAAUACGAUUAAUAAUAUAUUUUAUACAUAUUUGAGAGCGUUUUGUGUUUUGAAUUAUGUUAUGUUUCAGUUAUGCUCAGUAAUUGAAGGCAUUUUUUUUUAACUGUUAACAUAUUUCUUAUGUAUAUAUUAUCGCCAAGUUUAUUAGUCAUAUGUUGGUGCUGAGUUGAUGUAUAUAUUUUGUAUCGAUUUUUCCACACUGCUUUAUAUUGAAGAUAACAUCAAAUACACAUUUUAAAUGUGCAUGCCUAUAUUCCUUUUUACAGGAUAUUCGACAGUAUUUUAUCAUGAAUUCCAAACUUGAAAUAUUUUUAAAUCGUAGGUGUAACCUUAAAAUUGUUGUAAAUGUUGUUUUUGAAAUGCAUAUAUUAACAAAAUAAACAGAUAACUGAAA